UCUACUACAUCACCAUGUUGCGGGACCCAGUGUCGCGUUACCUGAGCGAGUGGAAACACGUCCAGAGAGGGGCCACAUGGAAAACCUCUCUCCAUAUGUGUGACGGAAGGAGCCCCACCCCGGAUGAGCUGCCUACCUGCUACCCAGGGGAUGACUGGUCUGGGGUCAGUUUAAGGGAGUUCAUGGAUUGCAGCUACAAUUUAGCCAACAACCGGCAGGUGCGCAUGCUCGCUGACCUCAGCCUGGUGGGCUGCUACAACUUGACUUUCAUGAACGAGAGCGAGCGAAGUACCAUCCUGCUGCAGAGCGCUAAGAACAACCUGAAGAACAUGGCCUUCUUCGGGCUCACUGAAUUCCAAAGGAAGACACAGUUUCUCUUUGAGAGGACAUUCAAUCUGAAGUUCAUCUCCCCUUUCACACAGUUCAACAUCACACGGGCUUCCAAUGUGGACAUCAACGAGGGAGCCCGUCAGCAUAUCGAGGAGUUGAACUUCCUGGACAUGCAGCUCUAUGAAUAUGCAAAAGAUCUCUUCCAGCAACGCUACCAUCACACCAAACAGCUAGAACACCAGAGGGACCGCCAAAAGAGGCGUGAGGAGCGCAGGCUGCAGAGAGAACACGGAGCGCAUCGGUGGCCCAAAGAAGACGGGGCCACAGAGGGGACGGUCACUGAGGACUAUAACAGCCAGGUGGUUAGAUGGUGACCCUCUGCCUGCUCCUUUUUCAUGACGGGGAGACAAGCAGGCACCUUGUCCUUCUGUUGGAUUCCAUUGAAGAAACCGGGUCAUGCUGAGGACCCCUGGCUGUAUGUGACUUAAUUCGGAUGUCUGCUUCCUCCUCUUCUUCUUCUUCUUCAAUCCAACUAGAAACUUUCCAUCUUGUUUAUUAUUUUUUUUCUUUUUCUAGACUUUUUCUGAUCACUGAUAUAUUUGGGGUGGAAAUGUAUCCAAAAGACCACUUUAAGUUGUCAGAAGCGAGGCCUCAGAAAUGAGACAGUGUGUAGGAUCUUUGUCAGUCACAUGGGUCAGUUGGGAAUCUGGAACCCACAGUAGCACACAGGAAAACCAAAACCAUGGCUUGGAUUCUCUUCGGAAUGCAUCAUGCCACACCCAAUAGAACAUUGCUCUGUUUAGAGAUAGAAAGACGCUCUCCCCUUAGAUGACCCUUCUCAUUCAGUGUUGAAUUUGGGAGCUGUUAAGAUGAGCGUUAAAUCAUGAAUGACGUGGUUUGUCUCUGCAGACGUUUUUAAACAAACUUACUAUAUUACUGACCACAGCUAGGGACUCCUAGCCUACAAACUCCAACAUCAGAGCCCUAAGCCCUCGGUCUACUCUGUCUUUUAGGGGGCAGGGAAAGAACAGAAUGCUGGGUUGGUUAUGGCCCUGAGAAAUAAACACUGGUGGAACAUUUUGGGGGGCACACUUAUUUAGUAAUGACUAAGGAGAUUGCACAUUACUGGUGUUAAUCCCUCAGGCAAAGAAUGAACAAAACAUUAAGAGAGUGCGGGCAAAAUAACAGGAGAAAACCUCCAUUAAACAAGCUUUAGAGCCUUAGCUGUUACGUUGAAAGAACAUCAGACUCAUGUCUUUGGGGAGCAGACAACUUCUCAGUCAGGUUCAAAUUCUGCUGUUACAAUGGAAAUAUGUUUUCAAAACCCUUGACAUAAACAACAGGAGCUGAACCAACGAGGACACACACUCCAUUCCAAGUCAAUACGUGAGAGGCGUCAGGAGACGCAGCAUGGUGUCCAUGAGACAUACCAGGAGUUCAGAGGGACCCUGCCCCUGACAUUUCCAGUGUCUUUAAACCACUCCCUUCCCAUGUGAUCCUUGCCUGUUCUGUGACUACAAGCAGAGAACCAAGCUACAGUGCACAAACUGGAACAAAAAAUAAGCUGCCUUUCCCUAGGUUCCUCGGUUUCGCCCUUCCCAAGCCCCAACAAUAGUCUCUUCUGUGGGAAGGGAUGGGAAGGAGGGAACAGAAAGCCCCGCCUCCCACACAGCCGGAAGGUCAGAGUGGGUGGAGAGUUUUACAAGGCGCUGAUAAGAGCAGUCCUUUAAAGCAGCUGAAGGCCAAAAGCUCUAGACCCAGGAAUCAGGCUGCAAAGCCUCUUUCACUGAUGCCCCGCAUGCUUGAUGUUUAAGCCAGAUUUACAUCAGUCACUUCUCAGCCUUAGAAAGUCCUUUCUGGGACGGAAAGGCCAUCCUCUCCCAGUGUUUGUGGGUUGUCUGCUGCAAGGGAGCCUAGCAUCGUUUGUAGAUUCCCAUAGAGAAGUGGCUUUGAGGUUUCUCUCGCUGCGGUUCGCAUCAUUGGCUGGCCUUCCUGUAGCAUGCGUGUUCUAAGAGAAUCCCUAUGCUGUGCUUGUUAUGUUUAUUAUGUUAUUCAGCAUAACGAGGCAGACAUUGCUGGUCCUCACUAUCUAGUAAGAAGAUGAAGUCCGCAGAUGGGAUGAGGCUUCCCUGGGGACUAUCAGGUGGACCAAGUUGGCCAGAAAGCACAAGACUUAUAUUUACAUAGUACUUCCCACGUGGGAUAAAUCUUUCUGCCAAUCAUAUAAGAAGCCAGAUGCUAUGACUCUGAAGUAUUUGCUCCUGGUCUGCAGAGGUGGCAUAAGUGACACCACUGCCCUUUCAGUGAUUGGAGUGGCCCUGAGCCCUUCUUCCCGCGGAGCGGUUCCUCCCCCACCCCCGCCCCCGCAUCCCCGUCUCACUAGCUGAGAGGUGGGUGACUUCUUCAGCAGCCAUAGGUGAUGAGUUACACACAAUAGUAAAUUUAAAGUGAAGAAUUAGCGGUGGCUUUUUAGUUGGGAGAGAUGAGAUAGAGCUGUGUCUCCUUAGGAUGAUUUGCUCCAGAGGAGGCGGGGAAAAAAGGGAAGGGCAGGAAUGGAUGAGAAUACAUCAUUUGUUAAGAUUUCCGGUUCUACCAGGAAUGGAAACAUGAAAAUUGUGCCUCUGCCGUCAACUGUGGCGCGCGUAUACAUAUGUGAAACACACACCUCGGCACAUUUUCAAAUAGAAAACCAUUUGAAAAACUAGAAAACAGUAGAUUUAUUCUUUAAACUCACUUUACAUUUUUGUUAAGGAAUCUUCGGAGGCAGGCUCUGCUGCCUCCAUAUUGUUCCUCCGGAACCUUCGAGUUCAUAUCAAAAGGCUUUCUGCCACCUCACUGCUGAGUGUAGGCUGCAUAGCCCUCCCUUCCCUGGAGAACAGACAACAGGAUGAUGUGAAAAGGAGAAACCACCUCUGUGUUGGCCCCAGGCCAGUGCUAAGUAAACCGGAGAGACUAGCAUGGCCUUCCUUUCUCAGUUAGCUCCCUUUGGAGGCACUGCAGUUGUCCGUGUCCCCAGGACACGGAGAGGUGGGGUGGAGCAAAUUAUCAGAAAACUGGCUGCACAGCUCCAUACUGGCUGAUGCUGCAGGAGGAAAUGACAGAGGCAGGCACAGGAAGCUAGGGAUGCCUGGCAGCCUUCAGGUCUCAAACCACAUCAAUUCUCACUCCAUAGAGGAAAAACAACCCCUAGGUGAUUCCACUUCUUGUGGGCUCCUCCAAUUCCCAGGCAGGUUUUUCUCUCUUCUCUUCUCUUCUCAGUAGCAGCACAAGACAGUGGAAUGGAAUAUAUAUGAUGCUUGUGUUUGUGUGUGUCCGUGUGUGUGUUUGUGUGUCUGUGUUCAGUUUGCAGAAUGUGUAGGGAGGGGAGUGUAUUUACAUAUUGUGAGGUUCCAUAUGUGUGAUUUGUCUUUCUGCCUGUCUGGUCACACUUUUUAGUUGUGUGUUGUGUGUGUCACACACAUUGUUCAUACUUUGGUAGGAACUAAGACAGACACUUUUUUAAAAAUCUCCUUCCAGCUUCCUAGAAGCCUAAUCUAAAUAUUGGAGAAAAUAAUUGAUGAUCUUACCAAUCAAUGUUGACAACACUUAAGGAAAAUUAUGAGCUACUGAAAACCUAAUCAAAUAUUUGAACUAAAAAUCUUCAUUUGAUCAGACCACUAACGUAAUCGUUUCAGAAGUCUGGAUGGAGAGGGGACUAACCCUCUCUUAUUGCUUCUUCAUUCUAAGACAGAGCAUCUACCUCCUGGCCAAAUGUAUCUGCUUUAUCCACAGCCAUCCUGUUUUCACUUGAGGCAGUGGAGGGAAGCCCAGGGAAUUGCAGAUACUACUUACGGCCAUUUCCCAUUGGCUGGAAUCUAGAUAUUAGCUGCAUCUAGUUGCAGAGAAGACUAGAAAAUGUCUUUAUUACUCAGUGCCGGCUGUCUUGAUGAGUGAGGGGAGCCCUAUUGUUAAAGAAAUGAUGGAGAAUUAAUACUGAUAGAAAACUACCAGUCCCCAAUACAAAAGGAAGUGGGGGAAAAUGCCAAGUCCUUUUCAAUAUCAAUUAUUUUCUCAUCAGCUUUACAAAGGAUGAGGUUAAAAUUUACUCUGUCAGCAUUUAAUGCUUUUCCAAACAUUUUAGCAUGGUAUCUCGCUUGGCCUGUCUCACACUCUUGUGCACUGGCUGGCAUUUCUGCUCUCUCACGUUUGAUCAUUUGGAAUGAAGAUUCAGAGAUGUUGGAAGAUCCCCCUAGCUUUCGUUCAUUUGCAAGGAAGUUGCCUAGAGUCCACGGUCUCUUGGCCUCAGCUUUUCCUAAUACCGAGUGCUACUUGUCAUCCGUAUCGGGACUGGGAAUUGCAAGAAGGUAAAAGCUAAAACUUUAUUGAUUUCUGUACUCCUUCCCCUUGUUGUGCAGCUGCGGUGACCUAGAAAAUACCAUGGACAGACUCUCAGUUCUGCCCCCAGUAAAGGGGCCUCUGACUUGAGUGAAAAGUUCAGGUAGAGAGUUGUACAAAAGGAGUUUUAGAAAAGCACAUGAAUUCAGGGGAGACGCUCAAAUAUCCACAGCCAGAUGUCGACCCUGUUCCUCCCUCAAACUCUCCAGCAUGGAGACUGAGGGGAUGAGCUCCCAGUUCCAGUGAGACACAAACAUCCAAGAAAUCCAGAACCAGUAGCUGCCUGUUGGGAAGGCUUAGGGGUGAUCAAUAGGACCUGUGCUUCUAAAAUGCCUCCCCCUCUCUGCUUUUCCCAAGGUCCCUGGUAUUCUAUCAGCAGCAUGUUGUUAGAGUUUCUAUGUUUUCUUGGUAUUUGCUGAGCUCCUUUGCCCGCUGCUGGAAGUUGAAACACCUUAAGCUGUAAUAAGUAAGCAACUUCACCCAGUCUAUCCGACCCCUUCCCAGACGUGUCACCUGGCUGCGAAGAGGGUUGAAAUAGAAUCACACAGACACAGAAGACUACACACAAUAGAGCGGCUAUAGAAGACGGUAGGGCUCCGAGAGACAGACCACCCAGAGGAAGGUGACAGUUUGGGUCCUUAGGAUAAAAGGCAGCCCAGAAACACGUGACUUAAUUCUUCUACCCACUUAGAAGAACACAAGAGGGGGUGCACCCAUGGGAUAGAUUCAGAGCCUCGGGUAGACUUAGGAGUCCCAGAUUGACUAGGGUGGAAUUAAACAGAGAGCUGUGUUGGUCUUCAUCUGAAAGCCUCCAGUCUGGGUGCUGGCUGACUGAGGCUGCCGAUGCUAUCCAGGUCGUGACUUCUGAGGGUCACACAGCUGCUCCUUCUCUCUGGCUUCCUUCCAUCCUGUUCUAUCUCUACUGCACACUAGCCGAUGUCGGUCUGUCCUCACCGUAUUCACCACGACACAUCUGGGUGGAUUCUCUGAAGCUGAACAAGCCCUCCAGGGCAGGUAGGGGCUUUCUGAGUUUUGCUACCUCCCAGAGAGAACAGACAUGGACCCAUUCACAGUCUAUUGGCAGAACUGGCCUCCACUGCUGAGGUGCUGAGAAUCCUGAGGACUGGCCUGUCGUGAACACCAGAGUGGUUGCAAGUCUCUGCACUUCUGGGCCAGGACCGGGAGUAGCCUGAUGGAGUACUGAGACGCUGAAUCUGCAGACACUAGCAUGUGGAUGUUUCUGGAACCUGUCUUCUUCAACAUCUACAGGACAGAUGGCCACGGUCCACUUUCAAUGGCCUGAGGGUGGCUCUGUGAGAACCACAUUCUGCCUCACUGUGGGAACUCCUGUAAGGCCAGAGAUUCUGGCCACACAUCCUCAGCUCUUGCUGGAAAAACACUGUCCUGACAGGCAGUUCUGUGUGACUUAGCCAUGAUCACACAUCUUCCAUCUCCUUCUCAUGCUUUCUUUGAAUCAUGUGACCAAGGGUUUUCUCCCAGAAAUACUUUCUGGGUUUUGCUUGCAUUUUGUUCUUAUUCUUCUUUUUUUUUUCAAUGUAUCAAAUCAAUGUUAGAAAAAUCUAAAUCUUUAUCUGGUGCCCCAUUCUAGAUAUAAGAUAGUUAUUCAAUAGAUGCAGAUUAUUUCCUCUAGGAGGUGUUUUUUCUUCUGUUUCUGUGCAGUAUGUAUGAACUUGGUUAUUAGGAGAUUAUAUUGUGACAUUACCAACUUUAUUGCUAUUUAAAAAUGAUAGUUUGUAGACCUGAGGAUUCCCGUGGAUGUGAAGCACAAUUUAAUGGAUAAGUUAACAUAUUAAAC